UGGAGACGAAUCCUUCUUCUUGGACAUGGCAGCCUCGGCCAUUGCAAGCGGGCAUGUCCUGCGGGCAGCUCGCGGGGGCUCGUCGGCGUCACCACGCUCUCGAUGGCUCGAGCUGCGAUCGAGCGUCAGCGGGAUUGCGCAGAGCAGCGAGCAGCUGUGGGCGAAUUGCGGGGCGAAUUUGAGCUGGACUGUCGAUGGUGGCAGUGCGAGAGGCCGGUGGCUAUGGACGACGUCCUGCUCUUCUGCGCCUCAAGAUCGAGCUCCACCUGGGAAUGGAAGGCUUCCGCCUCCGCUGUCGAGGCGGAGCGGGAGCUCGAGCUCGAGCCCGCGCUCCCGAUUGCCGCCGGGAGGCGAUCGGAUGGAGAGAUUCUUCGCGACGUGUGCGCCGGGGCUGGAAGAAAUCGUGUUCGCCGAGCUUUGCUCGCCGAUGAUCGGAGCCCGGAGCGUGCAGAUUGGGUCGGCGGGUGUGGCGUUCUGCGGAACCAUGGCCACGGGCGUUCGCGCUAAUCUAUGGUCGAGGUCCGCGAUUCGGAUUCUCGUGGAACUCGCCACCGGUCCUUUGCCCCGGCGACGGCGUGCCGACCCUGUGUACGAAUUCGUGCGAGAUGCGGCCGAUUGGCCCACGCUGCUCGUCGACGAGUCCUCGGAUUCUCCCUCUUCUCCUCCGCAGGCUCUGUCGAGGAAACGAGGGCUAGUGCCGAAAUUCAGGACGUUUUCGGUGAACAGCAGGGUCUAUGAUUGUGAGGGUGUCUCGAAUUCGAUGUUCGCGUCGACGAGAGCGAAAGAUGCAAUCUGCGAUGCGGUCAAGGAUGCCUGCGGGGGCUCGAGACCCGAUCCUCCUGCGGAUGGUGUGGCCAGUGCGGACGUGCCUUUGUUCUUCUCCCUGUACCGCGACCGAGGAAUCCUGUACCGGGACAUGAGCGGCGUGAGCUUGCACAAGAGGGGUUACCGAGACGUAAUGCACCGCGCAGGAUUGAAUGAGGCCAUUGCCGCCGCUAUGCUCACCAUUGCUGGAUGGAACUCGCAUCUUCCGGGCUUUGGACUUGCGAACCGAAACGCCGGCAGUAACUCCAAGGUGCUACUAGACCCAAUGUGCGGUUCGGGGACUCUUCUCAUCGAGGCUGCCCUCAUGGCCAUCAACAGUGCGCCGGGGCUAAUGCGGAAUUUGUGGCCAUUCGAGACAUGGCACGACUUUGAUCCCUCCAUUUUGGAAGCCUGCCGACAGGAGGCUAUAGCAGCAGAGGUCAGGGCUCCCGAAGGGCUCAGACUUCUUGGUAAUGAUAUUCACGAGGGUGCCUUAUCCCUCUGCGAAAGAGACGCCAAAGCGGCGAAUGUGCUUUCCAUGCUUGAGCUCUCCUGCAAAGACUGCAAAGAUUAUUCUCCCCGACUCUCUCCGUCUCUUGUUGUCGUGAAUCCGCCUUGGGGUGCUCGCCUCGAGCCCAAUAGUGGCGGAGACGAUGACACGCUUUUAACAACAUGGCGGAAUUUGGGCAGAUUCCUCAAGUCUAGCUGCAAUGAGACAGAUGUUUACGUGCUAAGUGGGAAUUCAAAUGUGACUCAUGCAAUGCACAUGAAAGCAGACAAGAGGUGGGCAGUUACGGUAGGAGGAGUUGACUGCCGAAUUAUGCACUACUACGUUUUGCCUCCCAAAGCCAGACCUGCCGCGGAAACAAUAUCUGAGGCUGCCGCACAUACAACAGGGUGAAUGAAGCACCCAUUAUAGAUGUCCCUACCGCUUGCGAAGGCUGGCUUAUUCAGUCAGGCGUUUGAAAAGCGUUGUACAUGAAAUUCUUGUAAUACAGAAAGGAGUAUUUGAAACCGGG